CCGGCCUUGUGGCCUUGGCGUCCGCGGGUUGGGCGCUGCUGUCCGGCGCGGCCGGCCGGUACUUUGGCGGCCUCAUCUGGGAGGAGGAGAUGGCCUUGGGCAAGGCCGCCCGACGAGGAGCUCGACAAGCCUGGAAUCUGGGCCGUGCGGGUCGGCCGCGUCCUCGGGGACGUGAUCGCGGCGGUUUUUACCGUCAUUUAUGUUGUAUUCGCCUGUUGGAGACCCCUCGGGGCCCGCGUUAAGAACGUUUGUAGCGGCAAGUCCAACAAGUUCCUGGAUCCCAUCCUCCGCUCGUUUUCGACCUUUCCAAAAAUUUCAAAUUUUCCGGACUUUCAAAUCACGCUGGGAGACCACAUCGCCGACACAUCACGCCGCUUCAAUGGGCAACACCGUCGAUGUGGCGGAAGCGAAAAAGUGACUGGCGCUGUACAAAGAGGCUGUCCUCUACCACACUGGGGCCCCCAGUGCUACCUUGUGUCGAAACCAACAACCACUCCAGCCGAGCCAACAUGGCGCUACGCCUGGACGAAGCAGCGUUCGUUUCCCAGCGGCUGGUCGAGAUCAGCCACCGAGGUCGGAGGUAUUUUGGAGCGCCCGAAGGUACCCAAUUCGAGACGGAUCCCCCGGCGGCGUUCGUCCUCAUGACGACCUGCAUCAUUAAGAUGCACCGGGCCCACCACUUCCGGCCGACCCGGGGCAUCGACGACCGCCAGAUGAAGCUCCGCAAGGUGCUGGACUUCUUCCGGCUGCUCCAGCUGCUGGACCCGGGGCAUCGGCAGCGGCAGCAGAGGGCGCAGUUCGGCGCGGUGCUCCGCUCGGUGCACCGGGGGCUGGCGUCUUACAUGACGCACCCGCUGGCCGACGACGAGACGGUCCGCAUCCUCGAGGACAUGGAGAGGGGCCUCGUGUGCCAGGUGCCAAGGCGAACAGAACUGCUGCACUUGCUUUACGACAACGGCAGGCGAAGCGAUUAUUAUAGAAAUCUUCUCUAAGUAUAAUUUAAAUAGCACAAAGCAUCUUAAUUUUGUGGAAUUUUCCAAGGCUAGCUUGCGCAGC